AAACGAAACAAGAUGGACGACGAUGCACACGAAGGUUGAUAGAAGUUCCUCGUUAUUUGCUCUCCUAUUGCAUUUUCUUAAAAUUAGUGUAACUUUCCUUCAAGAUUUUUAUAAUAAUUACCUGGAAAUUUUUAAAUAACACCACGAAUCUUUCCUUUUGAUGUGGAAAAUGAAAGGAUUAAUUUAAGGUAUUAACAUUCGCAUACAAUCUGUCUGUUCCUAUGUUUCUCAGUGUUUUUGUUUUUCUCUAGGCGAUAUCUGCAGGGUUUGUCGCGCUGAAGGGACACAUGAUAAGCCUCUGUACCACCCAUGUAUAUGCACGGGAAGCAUUAAAUUUAUACAUCAAGAAUGGUACGUAUUUUGAGCUUUUUAUCCAGGUUUUUUACAAGAGCACCAUACUGGAAUGUGGUAGACCGGCGAAGCAGAUCUCGUGAUCUGCAUCAAUAUCUCUUGUAUUUAGUGCUUAACAUCGUUGAUUGUUUGCACAAGGCCGAAAAAUUACGCUCAGAGCAAUUUUUGCUCAAUCAAAGGGAAAUAUAGAAUGGAUGAAAGCGAGAUGUUGAAUUCACUUACAGGAAGAUUACAGUGUACAUGUGCGUUGUAUUUUAGAAUUCUGUUUUGUUUUCAACGUUGUCUAGACCGAAAGAUGUCAACUUACGUAAGUAGCGAUAAAAAGGAAAUAGAAAGUUUCGGCUUGUUAUCUAUGAUCGGUAAAGCAGUACAGCGGUUUGCUUUGUUAGUGCAGUGCAAAAUUAUUAUACAUUUCUAGUUUCCUUGUAUAAAUAGCUUCCUCCUUAGUCUCUUUUGUAUUAUGACAUUUUUAGAGUCAGUAUUUAGUUACAGAAAAUUGUCAUGGUGCUUUAAUUUUAUAGUGUUGGUAAGCUACAAGGUCAAAGUGUUUUCACAAUAAUAGUAUUUAAAUAUGUGACUUUCAUAGAUCCAGGCAUUGAAAUGAUACUAUUAUUAUGGAGCCUUAACUAAACCACUACAGUUAUCAUUUUAGCUAGUGUAAACAAAGUAUUCUAUUUUAAAUUCCUUCACUUUUAAUCAAAUAAUAGUUAAAUUCUCUCAAUAUGGUGGGAAAUUAAAUGGUCAGAUGAACAAUUUUGUCUCUUUGGUGGUAUGGAGGUGAAUAGUACUUGCCAGUUACCUCCAAACUUGCCAAUCAGCAUGACUGUGAAAAGUACCUUUUAUUUGUGUGGUAUAUACUUUUAAAUGUUAUUACUUAGUUAAUACCAAACAAGUGAAUAGUGCUGUUUGAUGUACUGAUUGGCUAGUAUUCAUUAGUCAAUAUUCACCCUAGUGCUGGUGAAAGAGGUGGAUAUUUACCUUGCUACUUCCUAGCUCAAUGAAUAUGCACCACUAUUCACCUCCACUUGGGUGAAUAUUUGUUGAUGAUGUAACAAAUCAUGUUAUUUCGGGGGAAAAUCCUGAAGUGGCUGAACAUUCAUUCCCCAAACCUCACAUGAAAAUUGUAGAAUUGAGUGCUGUAUCAUAUUAACACCAUUUGAAUAUCAGCUAAGCCCUCUUGCAAAAUCAUGAUAUCUUCCUGCUGGAGAUACAUGUAACAUGUUAUCUUUGCAUACAAAAAGAUUAUGUUAUGGUUACAUAAUGAAUCACACCUGCAGUGGCAGUAGUUUCCUAUUUCAUUGGUGUUAAUAUCGCAAAUAAAAGAUUAAAUGGCUGCAUUGUGAUACAAGGUUUCUCUUCAUAUUUUAGGAAAUAUUUCACUUGUCUGCUGGGUUCACUUGUAAAAAUAUUCUUCAGCACUCAAACAUAAAAUGUCCUUACUUCACAGAGCCAUGUAUAUGUAUUAUUCCCUUUGUGAAUUUGCUAAAACAUCCAAUAUUGACUUCUUCUGAUUUUACUUCUUUUCAUUCAUUGGUUCCAUUCACUUAUUUGCAGUUUGGUACAGUGGCUUAAACACAGUAAAAAAGAGUGAGUAUUAAUGUCAUUCUAUUCAAUAAUCUGGAAUACUUGUAAGUAAACUGUUGAUUCAUUUCAUUUUACAUUAAGACUAUUACACAAAGUUUUGGCUAAGAGCCAACUGCUGGUGAAAUUCACCACUGGAAAUAGCGGCAGUUGCCAAAUUGAACCAUAAAUAGUGGUAUUCCUUAUAGUGAACUUUUUUGUCUUUCCUGUAUCCAUUUCAGAUAUUGUGAAUUAUGCAAUCACCGGUUUGCAUUCAAACCAAGUGAGUGUCAUUAAAAUAGCUUUUGGAAUAUUUGCUAUAUAGUAUUGUUUCCUGGGAAUUGUAAUUUCUUUUUUAUAAAAGAAUGAUACAUUCUACCAUAAAUUUAUUUGCUCUUUUAAUUUGUCUUCUUUGAUGUAUAUGUUUGAACCUGUCUCUUUGUGUAGCAUUUCAUAAAUUCAUCUAUUUUAUUUUGUUCUUUGAAACUGUCAAUAUAUUAAAAUGUGUGUUUUAAUGAACAAUUUAAAAUAUGUUCAUUGUGGUUCUAUUGCUUUUUUUGUUGUUUUUUCGUUUUGUUGUCGUAAUUAAUCAAUCAUCAUCUUAUACAUGUUCAAACAAAGGAAACAAAAAAGUUGAACAUUAUCAUAUUUUUUACUGACAACAAUUUUUUGUUUGUUUGUUUCUGUUUUGUCAUAGUUUACGCACCAGACAUGCCCAACAGACUUCCUGUCAAGGAUUUUGUUGGUGGUUUAGUAACAAACAUUCUUAGAGCUCUAAAAUAUUGGCUUCAUUAUACACUGGUUGCCUUGGCAUGGCUGGGAGUUGUACCUAUUACAGCAUGUAAGUCAAUGCAGUUUCAUUUUCUUUACUCUAAGUCUCUGUCUGAAUACAAGAUGUAAAAAUCUUCCCUACAUGAAGGCUACACAGUCAUAUAUUUCCAUUUUUAAAAUUCUCUCUUUCAUAAAGUACUUGUUUCUCAGAUAGGGAUAAGAGUGACUUACACCAGAUUCAAAAAAUGAAGGAUGUAACUUUGGUAGUUUAAUUUUUCCCUGGUUCAAAUUUACUUCCAGCUCUGUUUUGAAGUAAUUGUGAUAUAUUACAGUACCCAAAUAGACAGGACAAGAAAAUUUGAACCAUUGAUAAAAUUAAUCAAAAGUUGCACAACCAACUCAAUCCGUUUACGUUUCCUCCUUGUAACAAGAAAAGGGCUUUUUCACUUGAUAUAAAUGUACCCCAAAUGUUUUAACCCCCAGGAAGUCCUACCUCCAUAAACUUUAAGCACAAACAAAGCCUUCAUUCAGUGUAUGUUGUACCUGCAUGUACAUAGAACUCUUCCCUAUGGACUUGAAAUAGGUUGUUCUUAUUCCUUUGUUAUGAAACUCUAGUUGGAUCACUAUGGUGAUGAUCCAGUUUUAUAUGGUAAUUCAAUUUGCAGUAGGAUAAUGAUCCCUAUUGCCAAUGAAGUGAAGGGAUAAAACGUCUCACCAAAAGUAAUAUAAUCUUGUUAUUCAUUAGCUGUAAGCUUCCAACAACAAUGUUUUAAUGUUGAUUCAGUCAGGUCAGAACUUGUUGGACUAAAAAAAGAAACUUCUGAUGAGCAAGGCAGAAAUGUUUGGCAAGAGCUGAUUGUGAAAGCACUUCAAUUUCUCUUUUUCGUAUUUUAGAUCGUAUAUACAGAUGCUUAUUUGCUGGAUCUGUCAAUUCUCUUCUUACUUUGCCAUUAGAUAUGUUGUCCACGUAAGUACUUUGUGCUCUUCCCAUCUCAAAAGUACAGUGCAAUGUAACAACCACGUGCAAGGGUUCCAACCUCACCCUUUUUCUAAGUUGUGAUUUGGCAACAAAAACAUUAUGAAAUGGCUUCCAGAAAGAUGGUUGUGGUUCCCAGAAAUGUCAUGGAAAAGCACUCUUUAAACUGCUUUACUUCCCAACAUAAGCAGCCAAAUUGGUGACUUUUGCUGCAGAUUUAGUUUGACACCAAAACCUUUUUCUUCUUGCCAUGGUGACUAAAGUUGUGGCAGCUUGGAACUCUGAGUGCAUUUUUGAAAAUGACAAAUACGGUUGAACCCUGGUAACCUGAAUUGCCGAGGGAAACUGAAAUAACUUGGGUUAUCAGGGUUUUGAGUUAGAGGGGUUUUGAACAAAAAGACCGAAACACUUGAUUAAAGAGGUUUUUAUGCUUGUACAUGUUUUAUUGUAAGAUUUCUAGAAAUGUAAGAGCAUGAAAACAAGAGAAGAAAACAAAAGAAAACAAAAGCCUUUUUUUUCAAACCCCAAAAAAUAUUUAAAGCUAUGACAAAAUGAGGUAGUUUUAGAUUUCUAAUAAUGCAUGGUACUUGGGCUCAAAUUAUUGCAAUUUCUGUCUCUCUGCAGAGAAAAUCUAUUUUCAGACUGUAUACGAGGCUGUUUUGUGGUAGCCUGUACACUGUGCGCAUUCAUCAGCUUAGUUUGGUUACGGGAACAGAUUAUCACAAAUGGUGGCCCUGCAUGGCUGGAGCCUAAUGCUGAUCCUCUUCCUCAACUUAAUGUUGUAAGUUUAAGCUCAGAAUGCUUGAAAUUGGCUCUCAUUGUAGCAACUUAAUCUCGUACUGUAUGUCUGCCAUUCUGUAAAAUGGAUUUCAGGUCAAACUGGUGUUAAAGAUUAUAAACAAAGAGAAAAGUCUAAUCACAACAUAUGCUUUCACACUUUCUUUUAAUUUAGAUAAACAAUGAUCCUGGGGGUGGUGCUGAGAAUGCAGCUGCUGAGGGAGGUGGGGGUGGGGAGAAUGUUAACCAGCCUCAAGAUAUUCCAGAAGAAGAAGGGAACAAUGGAGCAAAUCAAGAUGCAGAAAAUGGAGCUCAAAAUGGUGAUGGUCAGCAUAAACAGCAAUAAAUAUUUUUUGUUAUUGUAAUUGAAAGGAAAAAAAAAUUUCUUUGGAAUUUUCAUUGAAGUUACUUGUAGUUUAAUGAUGACACUUUUGUAAUUAACCUUUAAACUCCCAUUAGUUACCAAGAAAGAAUUUCUCCUUACAAUAUCAUUAUUAUCUCAGGCAGACAAGUGAUGAGAAUGGAUAAAAAUGUAAAUUUAGAGAUUGUUAGUUGAUCCAAUGCCAAAUUCUUCAAACUCACGUUAUAAGAAUAAAUUUUUAUUUUGGACAGUAAGGAGAAUUACUAAAGAGAUCUUGGGAGUGAAAGGGUUUAAGACAGCACAUCCAAGUUGGAGUUUUAUGGUAACUCUGACACCCUAAAGCUAUUUGUAGAACAAGUUAAGGUGUUCUGGCAAGGGAAGUUAGUAUUAUAAUGACAGACCAAGUCUUUACUGUUGACUUGAUGCCAAAGGAACUGCUUUAAACCUUAUAUCAAACAAAAUCAUUGGCUUUUCUGUCUUCAAAGAAGCAAAACAUACACCAACUAUUGUGGAAUGAUUUAUGCAGUAUUGAGCCACACAGCUGAAGCAUACUCCAGUUACAUUACUGAAUGCUUGCAUUCUUCACAUGUUAUAAGACACAAGAACUUAUUUGAUUUGAAGUUCUGUUCUUGUUUGCUCUGAAGACUCUAAUGAUGGUGAUGAUUUUGUCCACAGAUGAUGCAAAUUGGAAUCCUGUGGAAUGGGAGAGGGCUGCAGAAGAACUUACAUGGGAGAGGGUAAGAUUUUUGCUUUUUUCUCAAAAUUAGCCACAUAUUACACCAGAUUAUGCUUGCAUGGUGAUUAUCACAAAGAAUACUACAUUUUGUACACUUGCACAAACUGACACUUUGAAUAUCACUUAAUGUAAAGUUAAAGCCUAAUAACUGGCCAUGAGUUCAUCAGAUGUAACGUUAUGUGUUACCCUCAAGAAACAAAUAAAAGUUGAUCAUAGUAUUCCUGGUGGUAGUAAAUAUAUGCAUACCUAAAGCUGUAUUGGUGUCAAGCAUUUUGAUAGACACUCAAUCUCUUAAUCAAUUUUCUUCAACAGAUGCUUGGGCUGGAUGGGUCUUUGGUAUUUUUGGUGAGUUUCCAAACUAUAUCUGUUUGCAGUUAGGUGAAGUAAAUUACCUUUUGACUUGUGGAUGAAAAACAAAUGAAGAUACUCUGUAUUAUCCUUGCAGGAAAGCUGCAAUGAAAGAAACUGCAGAAAAAAAAUUUUCCUAUUGUGUUUUUAGUUACAUAUUGUCUUAAAGCUCAUUGGAGGUAGAUGCAUUUAUCUCCUGCUACCUUGCACAUCUUGGAUAAUAGACUUAAUAAAAAACCUCUCAUUGUUGUUUAAGUGAAAAUGUAUUUUGCUUGUUUACAUUUUGAUUCACAAAUGCAUCUCUGGAUUUUUUUUCAGGAGCAUGUUUUCUGGGUGGUUUCUCUAAACACAUCCUUUAUUUUGGUCUUUGGUGAGUAACUUUGCAUAGUUAUUAAAGGAGUUGUGUCACAAUUUUUGCAUCUUGAAAGUUGUAGCCAAUAGUAUUGCUAAGGAAUCCUCCCAUUCAUAAUCAUCCACAUUCUUCUUCUGGCUUAUUUUUACUGUGGUGAUAUUUUUCUACUCUGGCUAUUAUGUUUAAGUUCCUACUUUGAUGGGAGGGAUUAUCUCCUUUGAAAAUGGACUCAUUAAAUUAUGAUUUGCAACAUACAGUCACAUGUUAUGAUCCCAUUGUAAAAUGAUGUGGUGGUUGAUUGUUGUGUUAUUUUUUUUCAGCCUUCUGUCCUUUUCACAUUGGGCAGUUUACAGUUAUUCUAUUAUCACUUGAGGAAGUGGUAAGUGGCAGGUUUCAUGAUGUCUGUGUAUGAAUGAUGUCUAACUUUACGUGACUUUGUACCUAUUAUCAAUUGUAGUAGUAUGAGUGGAGUCCAAUUUAGUUUGUAAUCACAGGAGAAAUGAACAAAGGCGGAUGCCUGCAACUCAGAACCCCAAUCAGUUUAUCAUGAUUACAGACAUAAUUUGGCACAAAUUUCUGUCUCCGUUUAGCUAAAACUCUGAAAAAAUGUGAGAGACAAAACACCUGUCACUGAAAAUUAGUGAAAAAAAAUAGUAUCAUAGCAGUGACUUUUUUCUGAGAAGAAAAAGCACUCAAUAGACCUUUUCACAGCUUGGGCAAAUGACAUGUUUUGUCUAGUUUGUGCAAUGUUGAGCAUUACUUAUGUACAGCCCUAUUAGUGCUCAAAUUGAGCUGCUGAUUACCAGUCACAAUUUAGAAUCUUGCCAUAGUUUUUGUUGAUCAUGAAUUAAAUAAAAAGCCUUCAUUUUAGAUUUACUCUAGUUGUGUAAGAUUGCAGAUGAAAAGGAAACAAAAGUCUGUGGCAACCCAGAGUUAUGUUAAUAAAAAAAACUACUGGUCGCUUUAAAAUCCCCUCUCCCUUUUUCACUUCACAAUCAUCUUUUGAAAUACAAAAGUAUGCCCAUUUUUUUGUAGAGGGAUUCACUCUCUAUUUGAAAUUCAUGGAUAAAAUUAUGCUGGCCAUUGCUUAGUAUUAUCUUUUUGUGAGCCCUAUCUAAAAUACUUCACACCAAACUUUACUCAGUUGUCUGAACGCUUCUUUGGCAAUAUUUCUUGUUUCCUUUGGCUGUACAUGUAUGAAAGACAGUAACUAUUUCUCUAUGACUUCUGGCAAUGAAAUUUUUAUGUGCUUCAAUUUGUUUCUAACUUUCUUUGUCAAUUAUUUUACAGUUUCAGUCAUCCAAAUUUGAAGGUCUUUUAACUGCAGUUCUAGGAUAUGUGAUUAUUGCCUUCUCUCUAAUAUUGUGUCAUGUAUCCUUUUUUACAAGAAAUGUCACUUUGAUGUAUUUUCUUGAAAACUUGAAAUUGUAUAAGUUAAUGGAUCACUUUGGGGGGUGGGGUGGGUGAGGUUAGCUGAUUUUAGAUAAUAUUUCCUUUGAUCUCAUCAGUUAAAAAAAGAGAUAGCAAAGAUGUGAUAGGGAAAAAGUUUUUAAAAAAAUUUUCUGAAAACAAUAAGGUUUAGAUAAGUUCAACUUUAUAAACUUUGUAAAGUCAAUACUUUUUUCCUAAAUGGUGAAAUGUUCCCUGAACUAAAGUUUUAUUGGGUAGUUUAGGAAAGGACACUUUUCACAAUAUGAAGUGUACAUGUCAUACUAUACCACUUACUUUGUGGCCUGAUGUUGCUACUUACCAUAUACCUGUUAUAAAUUAGAGUCAUUGUAACUGAUGAUAAGUAACUCCUGGUGUCAAGAAAAGGUACAUUGGUACUGGAUAGUGCUGUAGUCCAGUGUGACAGUAAAGUGGUUCUUCCUUGACUAUUUUUUUUAUAGAGUGUAGCAUCUAUGUGUGGAUUGAGAAGGUAAUGUUGUUGGUUCAUUUUUUACUCAAUAACUAUCUUUGUCUUGUGGAUGAAAGAGAUAGAUAUCUAUGGUUUAACCUCAACCCUUUUCUCUUAACCUUAAACCUUAAACCUUAACCCUUAACCCCUAUGAGUGACCAAGACAGAAUUUCUCCUAAUAAUAUUAAUACAAUAUAUAACCCUAAACCCUCUCUCUCAAGAAUCAGAGUAUGUCUAUUUAGUUUACCAGAGCCAGUAAUACUUUAUCUAUGAUUACUCUUUUCUUGCAGACCGAAAAGAAUAUUGGGGUUGUGCUAUGUAGUAGUUAAGGUAAGAACUGGAAAGAAAUUUUGAUUUGCUCUCUUAAUUACUUUGGUUUUGGUUUUACUGCACUCGAUUGAAAUGCGCUUGAAUUUGUCAAUAUAUGUAGGUUAUUCAAAAUAACUUUUUUCCAAUUACAUCUUACUUGAUUCCUUGGCAGGUUUCAUUGUUAAUGUUGGUAGAGAUUGGAUUGUUUCCAUUGGUGUGUGGAUGGUGGUUAGACGUAUGCUCGCUGGUGAGUCUGUUAAAACGAGUACAUUAUGAUUGAAAUAACUCCAGCCUGAUUAUGACAGUGCCCCUCUAACAUCAUAGCACCAACACCUCUAAACAUUUCUGGCUUUUUUUUUUUGAAAGUCGUAGAGUAUUAACACCACUUACAAACACACUGCAGUAUUACCGCAACUCGCACACGUUUAACAAGCUUGUGGCCAUCUUCUCUGAGCAAAAGAAGCUCUAUGUUUAUGUGCAUUUCUGUUUAAACUUCAAAGAUAGUAUCCUCUGAAGAUAGUAGAAUUGAUAUUCAUUAGUUCUUUAUCAAGUGUUAAUGAAAGUUUUCCUCUUUUUUUCUCUAGUCUCUGUUUGGAGCUACAUUGAAAGACAGACUUCUAAGUGUUGAUUCAGCACCAGGUAUUUUAAUGAUUAUAGGAAGUUAGUAUUUUUUUAAGGAGUAUAUUCUACAUCGAACUUUUUCUUCAUGUGCAAAGAUUGAAAAUCUACUUCUGUUUUAUUUCCCAAGGUACAGCCAUGUUCCUUCACUGGCUUGUUGGUAUGGUGUACGUGUUCUACUUUGCUUCAUUUGUUCUCUUGCUCAGAGAGGUCCUCAGACCUGGUGUCCUGUGGUUCUUGAGAAAUCUGAAUGAUCCUGACUUUCAUCCAGUCCAGGAGGUACGUGACUUCUUCAAGUUAUGCCCUAGAAUCGAUUACCAGCCGCUGUUCGCGAAAUGAUCCCACGUUUCUCCCGCUGAAGACUUUCGGGAGGAUCGUAAACCGAAGCCGAGAAAACGAAGGAUAUCGAGUCUAGUUAUGGUUGACCCUCUGAGUAAACUGUUUAAGAAACUUUCCCCACUGAUCUGUUUUCUAACAGGAAUGUUGUGUUUCAGUCAAAUUAAAGACUGCUGUUUGUUCGAAAUUUCAGAUGAUACGACUCCCUGUGUACAGACAUGCAAGAAGGUUUUUGCUGUCAUUGGUAUGCUAUGUUAUACAGAUAAAUUCCCUUACAUUAUAAAACAGAAGAAUAUUUUUUCUCCUACUCCUCUUUUAGACAUUUCCGAAAUAGCAUGAAGACCUGUCACGUAGAGUGUUUUUUGCACCGUCAGGAAAGACCCUGAUCAUUGAGUAAUAUGUAAGUUUUCACUCGAGCCAAGCAAAGCUCAUCCUGGUUUGUGAAGCAUGAGCUAUCGAAGAGUCUUGCUAUUCCCGUCUGGAUGGUAUGUUAUUUCAUCGCCAGGUUACUCCCUAGCAUUUCAUUAAGCUUCCCUGCCGGUGCUCAUUUAUAUUCUUAAGAGUAGAGAGGCAUUGUGAAAGCAAAGUGUCUUUCCUAAGUUCACAACACAAUGAUCCGCUCAACUUACGGACUUGCGUAUCUCGACCCGGAGUCUAGCGCUCCAAUCACCAGGCCUCUGUUGUUCGAAGGUUGUGUAACGCUAUCCACUGGAUAAAUCUCUGUCUGGUGGAUAAGGCUAUUCGUUUUGUUAUCACUUAUCCGCCGGAAAGCAAUUUAUUCGUUGGAUUGCGUUAUCCACCUUUAUACAACUGGACCCAGACCACCCCGUCUCCCUUUAAUGAUGUAUAAGGUUACUUGGUUUCGUUCACUUUUAGGUUGUGUUCGGCACCACGGUGCUCCUUAUGAUGUAUCUUCCUGUCCGACUCAUUAAAUGGCUGUUUCCAAGUUUCUUGCCGUACAAUGUCCAGUUAUUCAGGUCAGACGCAGCCUUGUAAUUACUCCUUACGUAUCGUUCGUCCUCCUUAACUUAGGUUAGGCCCGUUUGGUUCAUCGAAAACUAUUUCCUUGAAUAUCUCCGUUAUUUUAUCCUCUCUAGAAAUUGUUUUCCUCGAGAAAACGGUAUUUUCAGCGGAUUUCCCUCGUUGUUCUGCGGUACCAGGAGGUUUGGCCCCAGUGUAAGUUCGCCUCCUACCACCUUCGCAGGUUUGCCCCCCUUUCCCCCUGAAGUGAAACAAGUUCACCCCCAAAAUUUCCUUGUGUUGUUUCUAGAGCGAACUUCCACUUAAAAUGAUUUCCAUUGUUUACUUUUCUUUCAGUGAGGUUCCCGUAAGCGAGUUAUCCCUUGAGUUGCUACUACUUCAGGUUGUGUUACCAGCUUUGUUGGAGCAGGGUCAUACCAGACAAUGGCUGAAAAAUGUCAUGCGUGGCUGGGCUGUUGCCGCAGCGUUCGUCCUGUAAGUAUUCUUAAUCCUUUACACCCUAACAUCAGUAUGCAUAAUCUCCAUACUGUUUUCGAUAGAUUUCUUAAGGUGAAGAGAAGGAGAAUUUGUUUGAAUAUCAGGAGCUUCCUAAGCCUUAAAUCACUGAUCAUUUCCUUUAUUCUUGUAACCUUUAUAUUUGAUUCAAGGGUGGUGCUGUAAGAGGAAAUUAGAAGCUAGCCUCUCCUAGGUUCAAACGGAUUAAAGUGGCCUUCAGUGUUUAUUCAGAUUUUACUUUUACUCUUCUUUUCCCAUCCAAGAGAGUCGCUACACCAAAAUUAGUUUUAUGUCCAUGUUUUUCUAAUGCAGGAUAGAUUUACCAUUUUUUUUAAAUCAUACUUAUCAAGAUAAUCUUUUGCUCUGUUUCUAGAAAUCUUAGAUCGUACCUGUUAGGGGACGUGCCUCUGGAUGGAGCAGAAAAUGUAAGUUUUUAUCGAUUGAAGAAAACCUAAGUUAUUAGUGACAUGUUCACUAGAAUUGAUAAUUAAGAUAUAUGUGAUUCUUUUUAGCUUUUUCUGCCUUCGUCCGUCCAAAGACAAAAAUUUCAGUUGACUGUUGAUAGUUUUUCUGGAUCGCUUUGUCUUGCCACAAUGCACUUUGUGAUUGGUGCAGAUAUAUCGCACCACCUUCUCAACCAAUCAGACACAAAUCUACAAAACUAAGACCAAGUGGGCGCGACUUGGUCACACGCCCACAAGAGCGAAGCAGGUACUCGAGAGAGCGGCGGAAAUCGAGCUUAAAAUAACUGUUAAACUGAAAGAUAUUCACGGUUUAGUUGGUUGAUUAACUAGUUUAAUUGUGGAAAAAGCACUCAGGCAUUUGAUGAAUUUUACUCUCCAGGUGUAUGGAUUGCAUUUAAGUUACCGUGUUGAUCAGAGGAAUGCUGGAAAUGGCCCUCAAGUAAACGCUGCCGGUCAGAAUGCAGUGCAGGCUCAACCAGCUGCUGGUAAUGCUGCAGGGGGUGGUGGAGCUGCUCUCGGAUUUCAGCCGUAUAUCAGACCACGUAUGUUCGCUUUCAAGGUAAUUACCUCUUUGUCUUCCCUCUCCCACCUUACCCCUUCCACACAAUUAUUAUAUAUUUGUUUUUUAAGUAUCUCAUCUUUGUUCAGAAUACUGGCCUCAUAGUAAAGGAAAGAUGCUUUACAAUUGUUAUGACCUCUGGAGAAAGAAAAAAAACUUUUUGUCUCUAGUAAGUGUUUGUACCCCAGCCCGGCAGUCAAUUUCAUUUCCUUAACGGUUGCAACGUGGAAUACGUGGGAAUAUAGUAGGGAAUAGAUUACUCUAUGCUAUUUAAACUGAGAUACUAUAUUAUUUUCUCUCAUGCUUUUUCUUGUUUCCUAGAUAUUGUUGCUUGUCGUGUUGAUGUGUGUUUCGCUGUCUUUUGCAAGUUUUGUGACUUUAACUGGACCAGGUGAGUUACGGAAUAAAUACUUUUGUCUAUUUCGGAGAAUGAAGAUCAAUCUCCCUCGGUCAAUUUGCCCUACAAGUGAUGAGCCUAAUUGAUUAAAUACAAUUGAAACAAAAGAAGCAUGUAAAACCUGAAAAAGAGUUAGGGCUUUGACCCUAGCAUAUUCCGCCUCAAAACUCCGAUUGUGACAGCUGAAAAAGUCUAAAGUUGUGAUCGUUUUGUUUAGUUUUUAUUGGCCGAAGCGUGAUGCUGCUGUGGAUGGGUGAUGCCGCUGUACACGAGCUGUAUACAGCAGCAUGUGGUUUGUAUAUUAUAUGGCUUGUUUGCCGAAUAGGCAGUGUACUCACCUCCUGGAUACCUCUUGGCUGCAAGGGUGUUGCUUUGAAAUUCUUCGAGUGGUUUCUCUUGGUAAGUUCCUUGUGGAUUUAUGGUUCUGUUGAAAGCGGAAUUUUGGUUAAGGCUCGCUCAGAUUCUUAAAGCCUUAAUACCACAAAGCGAUUGGAAACUAUCCAUUAAGACCUGAAUGAAUCAUUGAAAGUAAAAGUAAAAUCGUGAAGAGAAAAAAAGAGUUUUAAAAGAGUCCAGAUCAUUUUUAGAUUGUAACAAGGUUGGUAGCUGUUUGAAAUCCCCAGGACGUAAAGAACAACAGAAUGUUUUUUUUUUUUUCGUAUUUUGUGGUCUGUUUCAAAGAAAGCUUGGACAACCACUUUUUUUUGUGUAGGCUAUGGAGUUUUAUGUUGAACACAGAGUCUGGAAAAUGACAAUAAGCGGAUUGAAAAAGUCUGGAACAUGUCAAUUUUAGCGCAAGAAAUGUCAACGAACCUUGUUCUGAUGCGUGAAAGCUAAUCAGUAGUUCUGGUUUGCUUUGACGAAGAGCUAACGCUCGAGAUGUCAGGUUUAGAAACUCUUUACGGUGGCCAAUAUACAUUAUUAACGCAGUUGAUAAAAUCAGUUAACCAGUAGCUUACACGAUCACCGCAAGGUGGACCGAAGGUUUCUUCGUCGGCUAAAGAUAAUCUUAAUCGUCAUCUUCGACUUAUCUUGGCUGUGAGUGAAUUAAACUGUUCUUCUAUCACUGUAGCUUUAUGAAGCUGCCUGUAAUUAAUUGACCUUUAUUGUUAUUGUCUUCAGGGUCUCAAGUGUGUUAUCGUAGCCCUCGCUCUUAUUGGCUUGGUACCAUUAUUGUUGGGCCUUCUGUUUGAGCUCGUCGUGGUAGCGCCUUUGCGAGUCCCUCUCGAUCAGACCCCUUUGUUUUUUCCGUGGCAGGUGAGAGAGCCCCAAUCCUGUCAUACUUUUCUCAGCCCGAGUCUCUUAAGCAAUUUAAAGACCGCCAUAUCUUUGUUUCUCUAACAGGACUGGGCAUUGGGUGUGCUUCACAUGAAAAUUAUAUGUGCUGUUACCAUGAUGGGACCAAACUGGUGGCUUAAGAGAGCCUUAGAACAGGUAACACACAAUGGUUUAAUCCAUCAACCAGCAAAGGCUGCCCUGCCUUGUACAUCUAGUCGAAGUGCUUGUCUAGUAGUUAAGUGUUGUUCUAACUAUAGUCCCUGUAGAAGCUAGUCAUGUUGCGAUCUUAGAGUACGAUGCAUGACGGGAGUAGUUUAUUGCGACGACAGUAAUUGGUUAAUAGUCGAUCGGGAAAGAUGGACAUCUAUUUAUUUAGGUCAGUUAUCGAGGUACCUUCCAAAAAUUUACGUACACUUAUAGUAAAGCAUUGGUUGGCGAUCUCAGGCUUAGCAGUACAUUUCGUAAUAGUCAAUGGGCGAAUUAUUUCUCCAUAUGAAUGGGAGAAACUUCGGUAAAUCAAUUUUUUUUUCAUGACAUCAAUGUUAGGUUUACCCCUACACCCUAAAGAUCGAUCAGUAAUUUUACCACAAUUGGUAGUAAAGUCGCAAUCUGAUUGGCCAAUUUGCUGUUGUCGACAAGAGUAUAGACAACGCUACUCGCGUCAGCGUGUCCCGUAAAGGUCAUGUACCGAGAGAAUCGUUUUAGUUGACGUUGAUAUUGUGGUAAAUAAGAAAUGCUGCGGGGACUCGGCUGCGCCUCCUCGUAAGUGUAUAACAUUUUUACCACUGUGAUGACGAAUAUCGUUAUCAAUAAGUGUGCAGACCAUGCUCAAACACUGUCGAUUUGAUUCUUUUACUUCAAUUUUCCAGGUAUAUCAAGAUGGUGUUCGGAACAUAAAUGUGGUGUUUAUAUUUCGACACGUGACCUUACCCGUCGUAUGUUGUCUUCUAUUGGCUGUUUCAUUCCCUUACGUUACCGCUGCCGGAGUUAUACCCAUAUUUGGUAAGUAUUUGGUGUAUAUCUUACGUCUGGAUUCAGUGGCGUAAUUAAACCUCGGCAUUUUUACCUUGUGUGCAGCUUAAGAGCUAAGACGAUUCCUUUGACAGAUUUAUCUUAAAAUUUUAGAUUUAGCUCUAGAUUUAGAUAUCCCAUCCGUUUGUAAAUGCCUUGGAAUAAGAUAGCCUUAAUCCCUAGCCUGUCUGUUCCUAUUUAAGUGAGUUAGUUUAUGAGGUUCUUUCUGGAAAAUUAUCUCCACCUUGCCUGUUCUUGGCGUUCAGUGGAGCGAAAUGCAGUAGGAAAUGUGACUCAACCUAACCAUCCCUUGUUUUUUCCCUAUGCUAUAAUUGUGCCAUUUACUGUCACGUUUACCGAACGACUACCUGGAAGAGGCUUUGUCCACCUUGUACAAACUUGCCUCAGCUUCAUAACACUUUCCUAACAUCUCACCACUCGUACUUUAUUGAUUAUUGUUGCCGUUCUCUUCAGUGCGAUCACCUGACACUCGCUUGUUCUGUCUCCGCCGUAUUUACCCAUUCCUGUUGGCCAUGUUCAUCCUGAUUGCGGGCUUUAUAUUUCAAGGACGUCAAUUCCGCCUUUUGUACGAACGAAUCAGGAAUGAUAAGUAAGUUGUGUUUUUUAAAAAGUUAAAAGGUAUAAGGUCCUCCUCUGUCACCAUCAGAUUCUUCUAUUCGUCAUAUUUCUAUCUUGUUCAGAAACCAACAUCUCCAAAUUUUUGUUAAGCUGAAGGUUUAGCCACGUUUUUAGAGAAUUCCGCGAAUGCCCAAGUGUUCUUUGAAAGAACGCACUCUAAAAAACUAAUUUGACAUGGCUUAACAAGUCAAAUAUAUGACAGAGACUCAAGGGCUAGCUAACUAACUCACCACUGGCCAAUUGACUGGGUGACCGACCAUUUAACCGAAUGAAUGACGGACCGACCGAACAAAAAAACGAUCGAAUGCUCGACUUAUCUACGAACCAGGGAGCUUGGUUCCUGGGGAUCAAUGUGAGUAUGCGAAAGGAACUCUGGCAUGUUCGCCCGCCUGUUUGAAUCUCGCAUGCUUGGCUAAAAGUGGUACAACGCUGAUUUGGGUCUGCUUGCAAGCUACGCAGUGAUCAGCUUGGUACUCUUUGGGGAGAGAGAACUUGCAUAUUUUCUUCUUCGUUUUGACCUUACUUUUGGAUUCAAACUGAAGACAUAGGAAGAAUGGAACUUUUGAAUUAUGCGACUUAACACCGUCAGGAGUAAGCUAUGUUAUGAACUAAGGUUAUGUACAUGUCUGAUUUCUUUCAGGUACCUUGUCGGCCAGAAACUGGUCAACUAUGAGCAUGGCAAACGCCCAACUAAGGUUCCUACCAAAGCAAUGGCUGAUACCGGGUGAAUAAUUCAUCUUCUUGAAGUGUUCACAGUUCGUGCGGAAUCACGGAUAGCACCAAUUCGUCAACAGUCACACAACACAGGAUAUUUUAUAAGCAUAGCGUAACAACCGUAACGCAACAAGGCAGCUCUUAUAAAGAUAUAAAGGAAAAAAAUAAGGACAUACACGAUAGCGAAUUUUAAAAUGGCGCUACUCUGUGCAGAGUUCGUUGUUUGUAUUUGCCGUUAGUCUACUGGUAGAAGGGAAAUUAUGCGAGCUUGAGAUUCCAUUAUUUAUUAAUUUCCCAAAAUGUGUGCGAUCAAUUGUUAGGAAAAAGAAACUCGGAUUGAAACAAACGUGAGUGUAACCGUGAGAGAGAGCGAUAUGCGUUACAUGUUGCAUGUGUAGUAGUUUUAUUAUUAGUCACAAUUAGAAAGUUUAUAAAUGAUGUAAAAAGUCAAAAAGUUUACCAGGGAUUAAUUCACUUCUUUUGAGAAAUUCUUCAGUUCUGUAGGAAAAUAACACCGACAAUUAUCAACUACAGACAUCGGCAGACUUGUGUUUGG